CUGAAACUCUGAUUUUCAGGAAGACAAGGCUAUUGUUAAUUUGUUAUUUAUUAAAUGUCUUUUAAGUUUGUAAAAGUAUAUAAAUCUACUACAAAUUAGGUGAAUUUAUAGGUGUAAGUAAUUAGGUCAAUAAUGUUUGAAUAAGCUCCAAUUUCCAAAUUUUUAAUUGGAGAAACCUCACAUCACCCCACGACCAAAAAAUGGCUGCUGCGUUGUCAUACGAAGACCUGCGAAAGCAAGCCAGACAGCUGGAAAACGAAAUAGACCUCAAAUUGGUUGCUUUUAGUAAACUAGGAGCCGGUAUCAAGACCCCUCACAGUAACCAUGCCGAUACGGUACCAUUACUGUCGGGAGAGGACACUUUCGAGGCCAUGUCCUUGGAAAUAGAGCAACUCCUCAACAGAUUGACGCAAGUGAACGAACGAUUAUCCGAACAGCCCGUUUCGGGGGCAGCCAUGCUGCACACCCUCCAAAGACACAGGGACAUCCUAGCCGACUUAUCCAGGGACUUCCGGAAAACCAACUCGCAACGAGAAAGUCGUCGUGAGAGGGAGGACUUGUUGAGGGGCUCCGAAAGCUUCAGGACGGAUGGCGUGAACAACCGUCGGGAUAUGUACUUGAAGGAGAACCAACACGUUCAUAACUCCGAUCGUUUGGUCAACGAGCAAAUAUCGAUAGCUAUGGAGACCCGCGAGCACUUGACGAGUCAGCGGCAGACGUUGAAACGGUUGCAGACUAGGUUUAACGACAUAUCGAAUCGGUAUCCGGUUAUAAACAGUCUCAUCCAGAGAAUAAAUUUGAGGAAGAGACGCGACUCGAUCAUCAUAGGGUUAGUUGUGUCCCUCUGCACGAUUUUGAUGUUGAUUUACACUUUCAGUUAAGCAAUCACAACGAGCAUUCUGUUUUUAAAGUUGUAAUCUAUGUGAUAUGUAGGAUUUCUUCUAUUUUAUUUGUAGGCUCAAAUAUAUUUAUACUUAAUCGUCCUACGGACUAAUAAUUUUGGA